UUGUGCUUCGGUUAGUUAUACCACGUUCUAUGUAUUAAACACGUGAAAAAUUAUAAAUUACUUUGUACCACCGUACGGAUUAUAGAAAUAAUCAUGGUGAAGAAAAAGAUCGACAAUCGCAUCCGUGUGAUGAUCGAAAACGGCGAAAAACUGAAUCAUCGUACUAUGUUUGUAAUCGUUGGUGAUAAAGGCCGCGAUCAGGUGCCUAUUUUGUAUGAUAUGCUAACUAGAGCCUCGGUGAAGGCGCGCCCCACUGUGCUUUGGUGUUAUAAAAACAAAGACGAAGCUAUUUCAAAUCAUGGCAAAAAACGAGCGAAAAAAAUCCAGGCAGGAAAAAUAGCCAUCAACGAGUCGGAUUUGUUUGACCUGUUCAGAAUUUCGACAACAAUUCACGGGAGAUACUACAGAGAUACUCACACUAUACUUGGCAAGACUUAUGGUGUAUGUGUCCUGCAAGAUUUUGAAGCUAUUACUCCAAACUUGCUCGCAAGAACAAUUGAAACUGUUGAAGGAGGUGGGCUUAUUAUUCUUUUGCUGAAAACUAUCAACUCAUUAAAGCAAUUGUAUACGAUGAGUAUGGAUGUCCAUAAAAGAUAUCGAACCGAGGCACACCAGAAUGUAACAUGUCGAUUUAAUGAGCGGCUAAUCCUUUCAUUGGCCGACUGUUCACGGUGUCUUUUGGUUAAUGAUGAUUUGACCGUUUUGCCACUUUCGUCAAGUACAGCCAAUGUCAAGCCAGUGGAAGUUGGAUUAAUACAAAAAACUGCAAAUGAUGAAUUGUUGGAAGAGUUAAAAGAAAGUCUUCUCGAUACGCCUCCAGCCGGACCACUUGUAAAUCUUUGUAAAACACAUGAUCAAGCAAAAGCUGUUGUCCAGUUCAUUGAUGCGUUGGCUGAGAAACAGUUGAAACCCCCUACGUCUCUGACCGCAGGUAGAGGUCGAGGUAAAUCUGCAGCCAUGGGAUUAGCAAUUUCAGCAGCUGUUGCGUUUGGGUAUGUCAAUAUCUAUGUAACAUCACCCUCUCCAGAGAAUCUGGUUACUCUGUUUGAAUUUAUCAUGAGAGGUUUCGAUGUCCUAGAGUAUCAGGAACAUACGGAUUAUACUAUUAUUCGAUCUACAAAUCCCGACUUUAAUAAAGCUAUUAUCAGACUGAAUAUUACUCGUAACAAUCGUCAAACCAUACAAUACAUUUCUCCACCUGAUACGCAUUUGCUGAAUGCAGCAGAUUUACUAAUAAUUGAUGAGGCUGCCGCUAUUCCACUACCUUUAGUAAAAGCAAUGCUGGGGCCGUAUUUAGUGUUUAUGGCUUCAACAAUCAAUGGAUACGAAGGAACAGGACGUUCUUUAAGUUUAAAAUUACUAUCUCAGAUCCAGAAAGAUAGUAAUGCUCCUCCUCCGAUUAAAUUGGACGAAUCAAUCCGUUAUCGACCACACGACCCGGUCGAAUCUUGGUUGACAUCUCUACUUUGCCUUGACGCAACAGUCGUGUCUAACCUAAACUCUGGUUGUCCAACACCUGAUGCUUGUGAGCUUUAUUAUAUUGAUCGAGAUGCCCUGUUUUCGUACCAUCGAGCAGCAGAAGCAUUCUUACAACGUGUAGUAUCGAUUUGUGUUGCCUCUCAUUAUAAGAACAGCCCCAACGAUUUACAAAUGAUGAGUGAUGCUCCAGCACAUCAUUUGUUUUGUCUUCUGGGUCCAAUUACAAGAAAAGAUCAGCUUCCAGAGAUACUUGUUGUAGUUCAAGUCUGUUUAGAAGGACAAAUAUCGUCACAAUCGGUACAAAACUCUUUGGCUCGUGGCAUGAAAAGUGCUGGAGAUCUUAUCCCGUGGAAUAUAGCAGAGCAAUAUGGUGAUAGACAAUUCCCUAAAUUGAGUGGAGCUAGGAUUGUGCGAAUCGCAACCCAUCCCAAUUAUCAAAGGAUGGGUUAUGGCAAGCGCGCUUUGAAGCUGCUUAGAAAGUACUACGAAAGGAAUUUUACAUCACUCGAUUGUGACUCAUCCGAAAAAGAAGACGAUAACGGUAUCGAAACCAUCGACGACGAGGAAGUAGAUCUGUUGAAAGAAAUUAUUGAACCGAGGAAAAAAAUCCCGACACUAUUGAAACGGUUGUCAGAGCGUCGUCCGGAACAUUUGGACUAUCUCGGGGCAUCGUUUGGUCUAACGAACGAUUUGCUGAGAUUUUGGAAAAGCCAAAAGUUUGUUCCAGUUUAUCUGAGCCAGAAAGAAAAUGACCUGACGGGUGAACACACUUGUAUAAUGAUUGCACCAAUCAGCAACAGCUUAGAUAAAGUGGAAACCAAUGAGUGGCUAAAUCAAUAUUUUAUCGAUUUUCGAAGACGCAUAUUAAAGCUUCUUGGUAAAUCUUUUAACAAAUUCGGAACAGGAAUGUCCCUAUCAUUACUGGACAACCGAGCAGUUAAUCUCCCCGGACAUGAACUUUCGCAAAAAACGAUCGACGAAUAUUUCUUGCCUCACGACAUUCAACGUCUUGAAAUGUAUGUUCGUAAUCAGGUAGAAUACAAACUGAUAAUGGAUCUUACUUCAGAUUUGGCUUCACUGUACUUUCAAUUAAAAAUGUCCGGAGCUCAGAUAGAUUCUUUGCAAAAAGCUAUUUUACUUGGGAUAGGUCUCCAACAUAAAAGCAUCGAUAAGUUAGCAGAAGAGUUUAACAUGCCAAACAACCAGGUGCUUGCUAAGUUCUACGACUGUAUGAAGAAACUGACUAAAUACAUUAACUCAACCCUCGAAAUUACAAUCGAAAGUACUAUGGUUCAAGAAAACAGUCUUAACACCGGUACCGAAUUGAUGGCACUUGACAAAUCGAUCAACGAAGAUCUAGCAGAGGAUGUGAGAAUCUUGCAGAAAAAGCAAAAGAAAGAGUUGGCCAAGCUAAAGAAAGAAAAUUUAAAUCAAUACGUGAUAAAAGGUACGGAUGAGGAAUGGAAGAAUGUACUGACCAAUAACAAAUCGACUAUUGUUUCUAUCAAAAGUGGAGAAAAACGACACGCUGAAGGCAAAGAAUUUACAACUGAAGAUGUAAGCUCUGCCAAGAACAAAAAAUCAAAACAUAACUUCAGAAAAAAACAAAAAUUUGGAAAGAUUAAGCAUUAACGAAUUUUCAAUAAAAUUAAUUAUUGAU